AUGAUUGAUUCAACUCUUAAUGAAAUUGUUUCCUCGACUCAAGACAGGUUUUGUCCAUCUGUCUUCAUCUACCUAGGGCUAGUUGUUCCGGCAAUCUGGUUGAUCGAGCUGCACAAAGUGGACCUACGACUGCAGAAGAAGGCUAACAACACAUACGCUGUCAUUGAAACGGAGAUCCCAAUCCCUGGUGCCACCAGAUUACGAACAGAAACGUUUGUGACUCUGAUAGAACAGUUCCUGAUGCUGACCCUGAUCGUAGGGAGAUGGCUCUUGCCAAAGGGAGAUCUGACCAGGGAUCAAUUGAGUCAAUUGCUUUUGGUUUAUAUUGGCACAGCAGCGGAUAUAAUAGAGUUCUUCGACUCCUUCAAAGAUGAGAAGGUUGCUACUGAGAAGGUGCUCGUGCUCCUGACCUUGGCCAUCUGGUCGUGGUCCCUCAUGCAGUUCACGGUGGUCCUCACUGCCACCAAGUCUAGGAAAUCUCGUGGAACAGCUCAUAGGUCUGACAUGUACGUAAUUUUACUGCAAAUAUAUCGUCUAUACGUAUUACAUUUAGAAAAGGCGGAUGAAGUGAACAGUGGCUCGGUAUAUAGAAAGAGACGCAAACACAGAUCUGCUGAUAAGAAAGAGCGAGAGAAAAAACAUAGGGAACACAAGGUAAAGAAGCACAAAAAGAGGCCCGAAAUUGGUGAAACUUCUAUAUCAAUAAUAAGUGACAAACGACAAGACAGACUUGAUGGCAAUCGUAUUAGAGCGAUCAUCUUAACUAAUUCUGAUGAAAUAAAGGAAUUGGAAAUUUCGAAAUUCUUUAAAGACCAAUUGACUGUUGAUAAUGAGAAGAAAAAGGGACCAAAAAGAAAACAAAAAUCGGAGUCGUCUGAAGAGUCUUUAAACAACAUUCAUCAUACAACUGAUGAUUCGGGCAUU